AUGUCAAUCAACUCGAAGUCCGGCGAGGGCCCAGCUAAGGAUAUGACCCAAUCAAUCGCGUCUGAUCGUGUCCAAGAUGAGGUCCUAGAAUUGACCAAGGCGCAGUCAAAGCGAUUGCUUCUCAAGACAGAUCUGGUGGUUAUGCCGCUCGCUGUCUUGAGCAUGACACUCGCCUUUUUAGACAAAAACGCGUUGGGAUAUGCCGCCAUUUUCGGUAUCAAAGAAGAUGCCCACCUCAAGCCCCAAGAGUACAGCUGGCUCAGUAGCAUCUUCUACUUCGGUUACCUCGCCAUGGAGUUCCCCAACCUAUGGUUAAUGACCAAGAUUCCUAUCGGUAAAUAUGUCGGUGGCUGCCUCACGCUAUGGGGUGUAGCACUAUGCUUCAUGGCCCUGUGCCAUAAUUUCGCGGGGCUAGCGACUAUCAGAUUUCUUCUGGGUGUCUUCGAAGCCGCUGUGUUGCCUUGCAUGAUGAUCAUUAACUCGAUGUGGUAUCUGAGAAAUGAGCAGCCGCUUCGAACUGCGUUCUGGUAUAAUACUUUCGCUGGUGUGUUUGGAGGUAUUCUGUCUUAUGCGAUUGGACAGAUUAAUGGAUCGCUAUCCACUUGGAAGUACAUCUUCCUCAUCUAUGGAUCUUGCACCAUCCUCGCUGGAGCUCUUGUCUUCUUCGGUCUUCCCGAUACUCCCUCGAAGGCAUGGUUCUUUACCGAAGAAGAAAAGAAGCUUGCGAUGAUUCGCCUCGCACCUAAUCAGACCGGUAUCGAAUCAAAGAAGAAAUUCCAAACUACUCAGAUCUUGGAGGCUCUCCGUGACCCCAAGUGUUACUGCAUCUGGCUUGGCGUCUUUGGCUACGCCCUUGCCAACGCCGGUAUCACAAACUUUAACCCUCUCAUCAUUGCUGGCUAUGGCUUCAGCAAGACCAAGACCGUUCUCAUGGCUACUCCCCAAGCAGCAGUCGCGAUGAUCAGUCAGGCUAUUCUCACGACUAUCGCGUUCUUCAUUCCUAACCUACGAUGCAUCUUCUGGAUCUUUGGUGCGCUUAUGGGUCUAGUUGGAGCCGUCAUGGUGCAUUCUCUUGAUGUUGCCACCCAGCGCGACGCGUCUUUGGCGGGCGUUUACCUGAUGGGCUUCUACAAUGUUCCAUGGGUCUUCCUGCUCAGUCUGUCAUCCUCUAACACCGCUGGUGCGACAAAGAAGAGUUUCAUGGGUAUUUCCAUCGCGAUUGUCUACGCUGUUGGCAAUAUCGUCGGUCCUCAAUUCUUCCUUGACAGACAAGCACCUACGUAUGCCCUUGGCAUCGGCUCUAUGCUUUGCGCAUUCGCUUUGAUGGCCGCCACUGGUCUGGCCUACUAUGUCCUUUGUGCUGUGGAGAACAAGAAGCGCGAUAAGCAAUACGGCAAGACUCAUGAUGACACCGAUGCCGGGUUGGAGGCAGAGAGAAGCGAUAAGACGGACUGGCAGAAUCCCAACUUCCGCUAUACGUACUAG